CCCGCGCGUUCCGCCCCUCGGGCUCCGGGCUGCUCCUUCCCACCCCCUGCCCUCAGCGGCCAGUCCCCAGCCCCGGGCAAAUCCCAACUGGUCCGCUAAAGCAGGUAAGACACUGGCGCCCAAGGUUAGACGGCAGGAAGAACUGCCCUCGGGACGGGACUGUGGGGACUUUGCGGUUCUUAAGAGGCCGGAGGGCCUCAGAGUGAGAGCUGCCAGGCUUCCUCCAGCGGGGAACGGACGGGUCAACAAGAGGGCGCCCCCUGGAGACCAGAAUUUUCUAGUGCUCCCUGGAGAUUUGCUUGACAAUCUCUGAUCUCUGCUACUCCCGGGCACUCAAAACCAGGUGCCAGUAGAUCCGAGGUACCAGCUCGGCCGAGGGUAUCGGAAGUCCCAGGAAACACGUGGAACAAAUUCCAGGAGAGACCGUUAGCCUGGAAGACUGGGAAAAUUAACUGGCUAGUGGCGUGAAAUGUGUACGGAAAGCUUCGGGCACCUUAAAACAAAAUUGUCAGCUUCAAAGAGGACGCAGUUUCCCACAACUCCAUCCCUCCCUAAAAGCUGCGCUCCAGAGUAGGUCUGCAGAGUUCCAGCUCGAUAUAAAUUGCCCAGCGGGAGCCAGGGCUGCUCAAGGGUCAAGGCCAGAGCUCUUGGGAGGCUCGGAGCCCCGACCCAAGCUGGGCCAUGGCUGAGCCUAGAGGGCAACUGCCAGAGGAGAUGCUAGUGUUCAUCUUUCGAUACCUGCCCUUGAGGGACCGUGCUGCAGCUGCCAGGGUCUGCAGGGCCUGGGCCGCUGCUGCCACCUGCAGCGCUGUGUGGCAGGAUACCAACAUCAGUUGCGACUGUGAGAGGGAAGAUAUGCUGCCACCACAUAUGUCCGACUGCCUGGACCAUGUUCACAACCUACGGCUGGAAUUUGAACCAUCCAAGAAGUCAAGUCGCCGGACAGCCACCGAGCUUCUGAUGGCGCUGGCGGGCCGUACCCCGGGGCUUCGAGCCCUGCACCUGGAGUGCCGUGGAGAAAAGCCGCUCUUCGACGCGGGCCGCGAUGUCCUGGAUGCUGUGCAUGCUGUCUGCGGGGCCGCCCGCCAGCUGCGCCACCUCGACCUGCGGCGCUUGCCCUUCACACUGGACGACGCGCUGGUGCUGCAGGCAGCUAGCAACUGCCCCGAGCUCCACAGCCUUUUUCUGGACAAUGGUACGCUGGUUGGCAGCGUGGGACCUGGCUCGGUGCUCAAGCUGUUGGAGGCCUGCCCACGCCUGCGCGCCCUCGGCCUGCACCUAGCCAGUCUGUCUCGCGCCGCCCUGGAGGUGCUGGCCGCGCCAGACCGCGCGCCUUUAGUGCUCCUGGCCCUGCGGUGCGCGUGCCCUGAAGAUGCACGCGCGUCCCCCCUGCCCAAUGAAGCCUGGACCCACUUGCGCCGCCGCCACCCUGGGCUGGCCGUGGAGCUGGAGCUAGAGCCUGCGCUGCCAGACGAAAGCGUGACGCGCGUCCUGCAGCCAGCAGUGCCCUUGGCUGCGCUGCGCCUCAAUGUCUCCGGCGACACCGUAGGCCCAGUUCGCUUCGCGGCGCGCCACUAUGCCACAACCCUGCGCGCGCUCGAGGUGCGCGCCGCCGCUUCCGCCGAGCUGGACGCGGCGCUGGAGGAGCUGGCGGCGCGCUGCGCGGACCUGCGAGAGGUGCACUGCUUCUGCGUGGUGAGCCCGUCCGUGCGGGACGCCUUCCGCGCGCACUGCCCGCGCCUGCGCACCUACACGCUCAAACUGACGCGCGAGCCCCAUCCCUGGCGGCCCACGCUCGUGGAGUGAUCCGGCAGCCCUUCCCUCCCCCGCAGACGUGAGGCCUCUGAGACGCAAGAUGCGGGUGCCCAGGCCGCCCCAACUGCUAGCCCCUUUCUUCGGGAUUGUUGGCUCCUGUGCCUCCCUGGGAUUGGGAACUGUGGGAUACAGUCGGGACCAGUCCGAGGCGCCCUGAGUCCACUCAAUGUUCGCAACCUCUACAGACCCCCGCCCACCCGCUGGGUCAAGGCCCUGACCAUACUGCGCUCCCCCCACCCCCACCGCUCGGCGGACUCUGCGCCAGCUCUGCGGCCCGGCGCGGGGGCAGGGAGGGCACAGGUGCGGGCUGGGUAUCAGGAUGAGCGUGAAAUAAACAAAUCCUGCAGAGUG